ACACGCACGCACACGCACAGUUAAGGGCCGUCAUGUCAGAGCAAUUAUGCACCAUGUCGGUGGCUGCUGCUACUGCUGCUGUUGUUUCUUUAGGCAGAGAGGAAGUGUAAAGCAAACUUCCCUACAACUUUCUUGAGAUUCGGCGCGGCUUCGGAUCCCCGCUGUAGCAGAGGUGUAUUGCUGAAGACGUCCCCCGCAGGUGGAGUUAUCUACGAAGCGAAUGUCAACUUUUGCUCUCUUAUUCCCAUGGCCCUGCAGCGGGACAAGUGGGACGAGCUAUAACGGUGUCCUCGUUGUGCUAAAAAUAACCCGGUGACUUAACUGAACUCUCUUUCACGGCACACAGGUGGAAUUCAGCUCGUAUCUAAAAGGUGUCCGAGGCCAAGGCAUGCCGGUGCCGCCCCCUCCCCCACCCCCUGCACCCCCACCACCGCCCCCACCCAGCGCUGCCCCGCCGCAGUCUCGGUUGGACCCUCCUAAGCUACAGUCCAGUGGUGGAGGAGGUGACAGGAAUGCCCUGUUGGUGGACAUCCAGAAAGGGACCAGGCUCAGAAAGGUCACGCAGGUCAACGACCGCAGUGCCCCCCGUCAGCCCAAGACUGGCGCUGAUGUGUCCAACAGCGCUGGUUCAUGUCAGGGUCCGUCAGGAGGGAUGCCACCUGUAGGACCCUCUCUGGGUGGGCUCUUUGCCAGUGGUUUCCCAAUGCUCAGGCCCACCGGACAGAGAGAUGCAGCAUCCAAGACUCCAGUCUUUCGCUCCAGCUCAUCGGCAGCUCUGAAGCCUCUGUGGAACCCGUACAGUUCAGCGGAGCCUGGUGGUUCUUCCGAGCUUCACAGGACACUGGAGAGAGGAGGCGCUGCCGACCGCCCUGUGGCGGCCUCCUGCUCUGCCCCUCCCUCCCCCUCUCAUGGCGGCCGGCAUCCUCCUCCUCCCCCUGCUUCCUCCCUCCCCCCGCCUCCCCCGACUUCUCCCUCUGCUCCCCCUCCCCCUCCCCCCUCAGCCUUCCAGGACCGGCCACCCAACAGGCCUCCUCCUCUCCCCUCAUGUCCUCCUCCCCCACCUCCCCCCCCCUACUCGCAGGUCACCAAGCCUACUUGGCUCCCCAUCCAGCAGUCCCACCAGGUUACCGUGCCGCGGCCCUCGACCCCUCCUCCGCCCCCACCCUCCAUGCCCCCCUCCUUUGUCUCGGACUGCUCCCCGGGGUACCUCUACUCCCCGCCCCCCUCAGCAGUCCUCCCCGAGCCCUCCAGGUUCCCCGUGCUGCGGGACAGCCCACUGGGACCCCCCCCCCCACCUCCCCUCCCCGCCUCCUUCAUCCCCAGCUGCCCAUCCAUGCUGCCACCUCCCCCGCCCAAAGUGCCACCUGUGCCCGCCCCGGCCAUGCGCCCGGGGGUGCCUCCCCUUCCACCCUCCUACCCUUGCACCGCCCCUACCCGACGUCCGCCUGCCGUGCCCAGAAGUGCAGGUCGAUUGGCUCCGCCCCCUGCUCCCCCAGCCCGCUCCCCCUCCACUGAACUGUCCCUGUCCAGCCGCAUUCCUCCACCACCACCACCCCUGCCACCCUCCAGUCUCAGGAAUGGACACCUGCACAGUCUGGAUGACUUUGAGUCAAAGUUUCAGUUCCACCCCGUAGAAGAUUUACCCCCACCCGAUGAAUUCAAGCCCUUCCCACGGACCUACCCCAGCAAAGAAAACAGAGUGAACACCAAUCCACCUGGGAUCAGGACACACCUCCGCUGACGUCCCAGCCUCACGCUGCUCCACCCCACCCCACUGCUGCACAGAGUGAGCCGCUCGUCCAAAACCUCCUCCUACCUUGGCUGCAGACAGAAAGAUGGGACUCUAAAAGAGCAUGAGAUCAAGGAGAAGUCUUUGGGUUUCGUAUUGGAUGUUCCGUCCAUUCUGAGAUCCUCGCAUAUCGAGUCUCUCUCUCUCUCUCUCUCUCGAGUGUUUUCAUGUGAGUGCUGAGCUGCAUCCCACCACGACUAUGUGACCUCUAACCCUUGUGAAUGUGGAAUGUUUUGAAUAUGUGAGAGGAGGGCCCUCCGUACAGUGCUCUCUUUCAAUCACACACGCGCGCACACAAAUGCAAUAUCUCUUUACACACGUCUUAUGGGUUGAUAUUAAGAGAGACAUCUGUCACACUACACUGCAUAUUCUUUGCACGGCACUCGGAAUCUGGUGUCAGAUCCACUCAUGAAGUUGCCGCGUACCUCUACUAAAUCUCUAUUGCAGAGGCACAAAUACAACUGUGGCCUCUCAGCCUGCAGGAUAUCUAGCCGCUAUGCUCAUCAAGUAAUUAAAAAAAAAAGCUUGACAAUUUGCUAAAAGACAUAUUCGCGAGAGGCGAUGUUCUCCUCAAACCCUGCAGACCUUUUGGGAAGGUAAUCCUUUUCAAAAGUUGUAGAUGAUUUCGAUUUGCGAGGGCAAGUCACUGACCGUGUACCCGGCCGGUCACAGGGGGCCAUAAAUUGUGGCCAUAAAUUGUGGCUCACCCUCAACAAGCAACCUGUCUAUUCAAUCUGACACACGUCUAAACCAAAAUGCAAGCGGAGUCUGAUGCCUGCUGACCUUUAAACUGCUAACAUGCUUUUAUUGUCAAUGUGUUAACCUGAUAUGUUUUUGUAAGUGAUUUAGAAGUGUAAUGGACAACAUAACUUGUAUUUUAAGAAAAAUGAAAAUCCAAUGAUAUUUUUAUCUUGUGAAGCAUUAUUGUGACUGUGUAUUGGUGGUGUGUAAGGCGUUGUUUAAUUUCCCCUCUGCCCAUAACGAAGUAGUAACACUUCCGGAAACAGUGCCACCUGCUGGUUUGAUGUGAGAAGUAUUGCAACGUUCUGCCACCAAAUAAACCUCCAUAGGUUAUGUUUGUUAAACGGUUCACGUGGUUGCUUUAUUGAUGGAAAAAUUCUACAAAAUUUCUAAUAAAUACAUGGUUUGAAAAGGUAAACACCCACACUGAAGAUGUACAUAGUCUCAGAUUUGUUCUGAUGCUUUUACCUUGCGAAAUUUGGCCGGCCACAUACACACACAC